AUGUCUCUUCCACAGAUUGAAAAAUGUCUUGCAUAUGAUGAGCAGGAAGGCCAAACUCAUCAGAGACCCCAACCUGAAGAAUUCCCCCCACAACAUUCUGCAUCUGAUGAAGAAGGUGAUGAUGAUGGUGAAGAAGAUGGAAAUGCACCAGAGAGACCACCACAGCAAGGAGACGACCACCAGAAACCUCGUCCUCCUAAACCUGGAAACCAGCACGGAGGCCCUCAACAGAAUCGCCCUCCUAAACCUGGAAACCAGCAAGGCCCACCCCAGCAGGAAGGAGAGCAGCAGAAUCGCCCUCCUAAACCUGGAAACCAACAAGGCCCACCCCAGCAGGAAGGAGAGCAACAGAAUCGCCCUCCUAAGCCUGGAAACCAACAAGGCCCACCCCAGCAGGGAAGUGAGGAACAGUCAAGUUCCCUGUAA